AUGGAGAAACUGAAGAGAUUCUUGGGUGCUGACUGGAAAUGUUUUGCAGACUACAUCUUGGAACCAAAUGAAAGAAUUUGGGUAUGUUGGAAGCAUAGAAAUGUCCAGGUCAAUAUCAUCUUAGCCAAACCUCAAUUAGUGCAUUGCUAUGUUAAAGAGUUGGGGUCAUCCUUUGCUGCCUACAUAACAUUUAUAUAUGGAUUCAAUACUAAUAAUCAAAGGAAGGACAUCUGGGAUAGCCUAAGGCUACUUAAUAAUUCUAUGGUGGACCCUUGGCUCAUCCUUGGGGACUUUAACACUUGCACAUCAGUCCAGGACAGGCUUAAUGGGGCCCCUGUACACCAACAAGAGAUACAAGACUUUGUUGAAUGCAUAGAAUAUAUGGGGUUGGGGCAUUUCCCUAGAAGAGGGUGUGAGUACUCAUGGUGCAAUAAGAGGGAUGCUAUGGUAAGAAUUUACAGCAGAAUUAACUGGGCAAUAGGAAACCCCCACUGGUUUAUGAAACAUGCUAACUCAGAAGCCUUCUAUGGCAAUCCAGAAUGUUCAGAUCACUCACCCAUAUCUAUUAGCACCACUGUAGUAUUCCAACCAAGCAACAGACCAUUCAGAUUGCUUACAAUACUAUUACAACAAGAUAAAUUCAAAGAGCUGGUAAAACAAGUAUGGGCUAUUCAGGUCAAGGGUCACUCUAUGUUCAAGGUCUGGAGGAAAUUGCAAAUGCUGGGGACUCAAGCUAAACUACUCAACAAAGAAAUGUCCUCACUAGACUCAAAGCUUGAUAAAUUAAGAGAUCAACUGCAGGAAGUUCAGGAGAAAAUCAGACUUAAUAUGUUUGAUGGUACUCUCAUACAAACUGAAAGAGAGAUCACCACUCAGAUACAGAAGUGGGACAACAUCCAUGAGCAGGUACUUAGGCAAAAAUCAAGGGCAACAUGGAUAGCACAUGGGGAAUCAAAUACAAAAUUCUUCCAUGCCCAUCUCAAAGCUAGGCAGGCUAGAAAUAGAGUAGCAUCAAUAUGCAAUGAACAGGGGGACAGACUCACAUACCCAGUAUUGAUUCAGCAAGAGUUUAUAGCUUUUUUAGACAACUAUUGGGCUCUGCAGCUGAUGAAUUGCCAUGCAUUGAUCCAUCAAUAG